GUUGGUUUGUUGGCCAUUCAUUCAAAGCGCAAUUAAAAAAGAAGGGGGAAACAGAGAAACAGGAAGCUCAGUGUCUUCAACAGUUGCUGUGCUCCGCUGAAGGCUGCCGAGGAAUGCAAACCUUUACAGUGGGGCCUCGCUUUACAGAGCUCCUGAGCCGCCCAUGGCGUCAAGCUUUGGGCAUCCGAGCAUUCUCCUCCUCUGAUUACUUCAAUCAGUCUCGAGGCGGUCUCCCUCGCUUCUUCUCCCCCAUUCUUCCUCCUUCUAAGGGUGGUGUUGUUCAUGUUCAGGGCGAUGAAUUCUGGCAUAUGACCAAAGUUUUAAGAUUAAAUACCAAUGAUAGAGUUGAGCUCUUCAAUGGAAAAGGUGGUUUGGUAGAAGGAUGCAUUCAGAGAAUUGACCGCACUGGCCUGGAUGUUAUGGCGCUGGAUGAUCCCAAGUUCGUUCUUCCUCAGAGCACUCAAUGGCAUGUGUAUGCAUCUUUUGGCACUUUAAAGGGUGGUCGGGCUGACUGGCUUGUUGAAAAAUGCACGGAGCUGGGAGCUAAUAGUGUAACACCCCUCUUGACUGAACGAUCUCCUUCAAUCCCUGAGAACCGAGUGGACAGACUGCAACGUGUCAUUGUGGGUGCAGCUAAACAAUGUCAACGGCUGCAUGAAAUGGCUCUGAAUCCUCCAUCAAAGAUUGGAAGCCUUUUACCUGUUGUUGCCCAGUCGAAGCUAUCUUUUGUGGCUGUAGCUGAAGCUACCCCGGUAUUCCAUGCUUUGACUUCAUCAAAAAUAGGAUCUAGCGGGCUAUUAAUAAUUGGACCAGAAGGCGAUUUUACCAAGGAAGAAUUGCAUAUGAUGACAGAUGCAGGAGCUGUUGCUGUUGGUCUUGGGCCACAUCGCUUACGGGUUGAAACUGCGACGGUGGCACUUUUGGCAACACUGAUGUUGUGGUCUGAUUCCAAGCAGCUACCUAAUCUUUAAAUCACACUGGCAUGGACAUACCUUGGUUAACAACCCCAAGCGUGUUGACCAUCAAAUAUUAGGCUAAUAUCUUGGAAGUUUGGUCAAAGCUCGAGGCUGAUAGGUGCUUAAGCCGAAGCCAUUCUAUAAACUACAACAACAAAAAAACCAAGCCUUUGUAAGAUUAAUACUUGAAUUAGAGUAGAGAAAGAUCUGGCAUAGUUUGAGAUAUACUGCUGUUUAGUAUUUAUUUUUAUUUUUAUUUUUUUUAAAAAUAUACUUAUUUUAUUUGGCUCUUUCUUUGAAGUACACAUUUACCUUGGCAGUUUUCAU